AACACAAACACUAGAUGACAACAAUACUGCCAAGGGGCAAGAUCACUGGGAUGAUUUCCACAAGAAGAUGGAAAGUGUUUACUACCAUGGGUACAGAGACUAAACACAGAUAAGCAAGAAGACAUUAAGUGAUUGACAACCCUUUAAAGCCAACAUUCACAACCUAUUUUAUUACACAGUCCGAGUUAAACAGGAUAUUCAACAAGGAAUAACGUUGGACCGGGUUUGAAUUAUCCAUUGGAAUUGGCUGAACUGUGAAAAUUACAGACUGGGGAUGAACAAUAAAAGGUCUCUUAAAAACAGCGGGAUUGUUCUAGAGCAUCAUUUGAAGAUCUGCCCAUCCAAGCGCUGUAAGGUUUACUCUUCAUUGUCAAGAUGCCCGAGCAAGAGGUAAGCGAGAAAAGCCAGCUUCCCAAAAAAAAGUCCAAGAUCACUGCAUCGCGCAAGCUGAUGCUAAAGAGUCUUAUGGUAGCUAAAGCAAAAGAAGAGUUGGAGCAGGAGCUGGCAGAUAAACAAGAAGAGAAAGAGAGAUAUUUAUAUGAGAAAGCACCUCCGCUACAGACCAGUGGAAUGUCUUUUGCUGAACUUCAGGAGCUGUGUCGAGAACUACACGUUAAAAUCGACGUUGUGGACGAGGAACGCUACGACAUUGAGGCGAAAGUGCUUCACAACACGAGAGAGAUCAAGGAUCUGAACAUCAAAGUUCUGGACCUAAGAGGUAAAUUUAAGCGGCCUACCCUAAGAAGGGUGAGGGUCUCUGCAGACGCCAUCCUGAGAUCUCUGCUGGGCUCCAAACACAAGGUGUCCAUGGAUCUGAGAGCGAACCUCAAGUCUGUUAAGAAGGAAGACACAGAGAAGGAAAAGACGGUGGAGGUCAGCGACUGGAGGAAAAAUGUUGAGGCCAUGUCUGGGAUGGAGGGAAGGAAGAAAAUGUUCGAUGCAGCUCAGUAAACAAGUAAUUAAAGAUGGGCUGAAGAUCAGAGAAUUGAUGAAGAAGAGAUAUCUAAUAUUUUGUUAAUGAAUUUCAAAGUCAUAAAAAUGUAGGAAUAAAUCAUGAGUAUUUUUUACGUCAAAUUUUUAGCAACAUUUCAGAAGGACACCUCACAUGUGACAUGGUAUAAUUCAUAAACAAAUAUGACAAAUGUAUCUAUAAUUAUUAUUAGAAAUGUUGUUUUUAUGACAUCUGUCACUGAGAGACUAUGUGAAACAUUUGCAUCUUUCAUCUGUCAUAUUUAAAUGAACUAAAAAGCUUCAAUGAAAAAUUUGUAGAAGACCCCAUAGAAACUAAGUAUAAAUGCAUUUUAUUUCGUUUUACUAAUUGGAUUUCAUUAUUUAUAGAUUUUAUCCGGAAUUCUUAACGUUGCAAAAAUCCAAACACAAAGCAUUGCAACGUGUAAAAACUGUUACUGCAUUAUUAAAGGUCAAGUGUAAAGUGUCAUCAACAUCAUAAUGUAA